CGCCGGCCCGCGCCCGAAGCGAGCUCACGUCCGUCGCGCUCCCCAACCGCAAAUCGCGUGCAGUGAAACUUCAUAAAAGUUAUUUUAUUGCAAAAACAAAUGGCCAUCGAUAGUGAAACCUGAAACUGUGUGAUUGUGUGUGUUCUGUGUACAUUAACCUGUGUUAAAUAAACUUAGUACAUCCUAGCAUUGCUAGGAAUCGGUGAAAAUUGCUGGAUUUUGUUGGCUGGCGGAGAGCGCCCAGGCCACUAUGGAGAGCUACUUUGACAUCUCAAACGACCUUAAAGACGUCUGGGAUGCAGACAUUGACCCGGAGAUGGACAACGUGUUAGACGAGGACGAGAGCGACUGGCUCAUCGAGCGGGAGUCCAAGUCCGGGGUGGUACUGCACGACCGUCUCAUGACAGACGCGGCGUUGGGAGCCGUACCAAUCAAGACAGAACACUCUUACAGCCUACACUCAGAUGGCGAAUCCGCACCACCAUCGCCACACCACACCAAAGUUGACGACAUGGAAGACGAGUGCUACCCGGCCAUCCCCGCCAGCGCGUGGAGCCGGCGGCGCUCCAGCGACUCCCUGAUGGAGGUGAAGGCCGAGCCCAAGUCGGAGCCCGAGUCGCCCGCCUCCUCCUGCCCCCCCUCGCCCACCCCGGGCACGCCCGUCACACACCUUGACUACGUUAUUGACCACACAACGGGAACCAUACACAUGCCACAAGCCGUGCUGCAAAAAGUGGGUGCAGCAGGCGUGCCACAACUGUUGCUCAGUGCUGCACCAAGGCUCGCCACAACGCUCAACUCGAACAAGUUGUCUAUCAAGGUCACAUCCAGCUCAGGAUCUGGCUUCCACCUCCCCCCGACGCCGCCGUCGUCGCUGUCGUCGUCGGACAGCGAGGGCGCGCGCUCGCCGGCGCGCGCGCACUCGCACGACGCGGCCGCGCCCGCGCCCGCGCCGCCGCGCCGCGCGCACCUCUACCUGUCGCACCACUCCCGCCAGCCCAUCAACACGCCGCUCAUCAGCACGCAACCGAAAGGGUCAACGGGGCAACUGGUGCUAACAGAGGAAGAGAAACGCACACUCCUGGCGGAGGGCUACCCCGUGCCCACGCGUCUACCGCUCACCAAGGCCGAGGAGAAAUCACUCAAGAAAAUCAGGAGGAAAAUCAAGAACAAGAUAUCAGCACAAGAGAGCAGACGCAAAAAGAAGGAAUACAUGGACCAACUAGAGAGGAAGGUCGAAAUUCUCGUCUCAGAGAACUCGGACUACAGAAAAAGGGUAGACACCCUGGAGCAGAAAAACGCGAGUCUCCAAAGCCAACUGGCCGCUCUUCAGGCGCUCGUGACGCGGAAUGUGCGCAAGUGACGUCACUGUGAAGAGUGUGACGUCACUGUGAAGAGUGUGACGUCACUGUGAAGAGUGUGACGUGACGCUACGCUUUCCCUAAGGCCUGCUAUAGUCUGAAUUUAUACUGUUACGGUAUUGGUCAUAGAUUAUGAGAGGUGACGAAUAUCUUUUGAUGGCUCAGC